ACAUACCCCACAAUUAAAAUUUGAAACACUCACACUAAUUAAUAACAAAAUAUGAGCAAUGGUAGUGGUACUGGGCCUUGUGGUGCAUGCAAGUUUCUUAGAAGAAAAUGUGUGAAAGGUUGCAUAUUUGCACCUUAUUUUGACUCAGAACAAGGCAUGGCUCAUUUUGCUGCUGUCCAUAAGGUGUUUGGUGCUAGUAAUGCAUCAAAACUAUUGCUUACUAUUCCACCAAAUAAACGUCUUGAAACUGUUGUUACACUUUGUUAUGAGGCUCUUGCUAGAGUUAGAGACCCUGUCUAUGGCUGUGUUGGUCACAUCUUUUCCCUUCAACAACAGGCUGUGACAUUGCAAGCAGAGUUAGCUUACGUUCAAGCUCGAAUAUCGACCCUGCAGCACCACCACCACCUCCCUAUGCCACCACCAACGCCAUCACAGGCAGAGGUAGCAGCAGCAUGUUGUUCUAAUUUAUCGCCAUCGGUGUGUACUACUAUGGAUCCUUCGAUAGAUAUAACAGACUUAUGUAAUGUGUUGGAUCAACAACUAGACAACUCUAUGUGACCUAGCUCCAUAUAUACAGUUAACUGUAACACAAUUCGUCUCUAGACUUUAUCACUAAUCUACAGUUAGCUAGGUUCCAGGGAUAUAAUUAGUUAAUUAACUCACUUUUAACUCCCUAUCAAAAUUAUCAUGCAUGUAGUUUUCUCUUUUGUCUACAUAUGUAACUUUUUUCCCUCUGUUUUUCUCUAGCUAAUGAUAAUUGUGUUUGUUUAAAAUCAUUGU